AUGGGUCCUCGGCUACUGCUGCUCUACCCGCCUCUUCUCUUCCUAUUCAUCUUCUUUCUCUCUCCUACUUCUGAAGCUUUCCCAGUGUCGUCGCCCCGUCAGAGACAGUACCUGCCACCGCUGCCCGGGUACAUCCCUGUCUACAUACAACACGGCGAGACACCCCCUGAUGUAGAGGCUCUGUCAGACCAGAGUCCUACCCAGGACAAGAUGGAUACUGACGUGGCAGAGGUUCCAGAGAAGACAGACGGCGAAGACUCCCUGGACGACAUUGACAGUCUGCGAGCGCUGAGGGAGAGUGAAGAGUUCAUCGUACAACAGCUGACUGACAAUGUGAGAGCCAAUGAGGUGCGAGGACUUGUGGAGGAGGUACAUGGGCCUAGGCCUUAGGCCAACAACUUAGGCCUAUACCUCGCCCGAGCCAUAGCGUUGGCCUGAAACAUUGGAGCGAGUUUCAAACUCCCAGAAUUUCCCACCGAAGCCAAAAAGGAUUGCCAACUUGUUCAAAGUUUUCACUACGAUUUUAAAUACUGAGCUUUUUCGCUUGAAAUUAAUUAUUCUAAAAAGGUGUACUAUAAUUUGUAAACCCUUUUUCAUGCUGAGACCCAAUGGUUGUGAUUAUUUAUUUAGGAUAGCAAAAUAAAAUAGUUUUAAGUUGUUUCUGAUUUCUUUA